AUGAUUUAUGACACUGUUCUUGGUCAAGGACCUGCAAUAGAGAAAGGACAGACAGUUGUGGUUCACUUUGACUGCCGCUACCUUGGCCUUGACGUCGUUUCCUCAAGGCUUGCCAGGACGCUGGGCGGCAACAGAGUCGUUGCUGAGCCGUUCGAGUUUGUUGCUGGGGGCACUGUUGAGGCAAGAAACGUUACUGCGGGCACUCAGGCAGGAGGCCUCUUCGUGGGCGGCUCAGGACCCAAGCCUCCGCCGGCCCUAUCAACAGCUGUGCUGGGCAUGCGGGAAGGAGGCAAGCGCUCCAUACUCGUGACUCCAGAGCUUGGGUAUGGAGAGAAGGGCGAGCAAGAGAUUCCGCCCAACACGCCAUUCGAACUCCAGGUCGAAGUGCUCGAGGUGAAGGCGUGA